AUGGAGGGCCAGCCUCCCGACGCCACGCCCGGCCCUUCGCUUGCCCUGGCCGCUGGCGCCCAUGGCCAGGCAACGGCCGCAGAGCGCCAGGCCACGCGAUCCCAAGGAGGUGUGGACGUCGCGGCGGUGAUCCCCGUGGAGAAGGGCACGGUGGCCGGAGGAGGCGGUGGGCAUCACCAGCAUGGCGGCCACAAGCACGACGGGCAGACGAAGCAGCAGCAGCAGAGGGUGCUGGAGAGCAGCAACAGUAGCAACCGCUGCUUCAGCGACGAGCUGGUUCUGGGUGAGGAGAACAACUUCCUGGGCACCGAGCUCCUCAAGCGCACCUACAAAGGUAAACCCCGAUCAGUGCUGGAGGGCGGCGAGCAGCGGCACUUCUUCGGCCUGCGGACGGCGGAGCAGCGGGUGAUCAAGUUCGAGUGUGGCAGCCAGAGGUAG